UCAGUAAAUGACCGUGAAUGCGGCCAUAUGCUUUUUCACAUGCUCAGGGAUUUACAGCUCGAUUGUAAAGCAUUUCGAAAUCGUACAAAAAUUUCAGAAUAUCGCAUUUUACUAAGAUGAUCAGGCUGGGAGACAACGGAACCUUGGGGAACAAAACGUGUGACAAUGGCAUUUCCAUGCACCUCUUCCUGCACUGCUCUCUUGUUCCAGCUUUCUUCAUUUUUGCCGUGCUGUCGUAUCUACAGAGAAGAGUCAAUCACUUAGCUAUCGAUGAGAAGAUCUCCAUCCUGAAGGGCCGUUUCGGCAUCGUAGUCCCCUUGGACUUCAUUGGGAGCCUUAGUAACCGAUGGUCAUACGGCUUCGCCUUUGGUGCCGUGUCCACCAGCAUCAUGCUGCUCUUCUCCAGAGAGUACUUACCGUUUAACGUCCCGACGUGGGCGAGAGCUGUCGUGCACCUUGUCGGAGCCCUGGAGGUUGGCCUUGCCUACUACCCUUUCUUCGCCUGCUUGUCUUCCCCAGUUCGAGAGGCUGGGGCUGUGCUGGGCUUCAUCUACAGCCUGACAUGGCUUAUCGUGUCGGCAUGGAACGCAAUCAGCUGUCCAGCUGGUCACGUGCUGGGCAGCUUCCAGAAACCCAUCCUGCAGUGGCCAAGCAUUUUCUGCCUGACGUUCCUGCUGGGCCGUUUCGUACACAUGCUGGUCAAAGCCAUUCGCAUCCGCAUGGGGCUGGACGACCGUGAGGAAACAGAGCAGCUGUUUCAGACGUAUCAGGCCAAAUACGUGCAGACUUUGCUGCAGAGACCCCCACAAAGGGAAAUAAAGAAGAACUGGAUUCAGAGGAACAUUUACGACUGGGACCCUUAUUUCAGGUUUCCCAACAGAAUGAUUGGCACCUCUAUCAUCUCUCUGAUUGGCCUGUACAUGAUCACUCUAGCCGACCACAGCCUCAGCAGCUACGUGUUUGACGAGCUGGACAAGCUGAGGGACUCCCUGGCCGAACUGGUCAGCUCCUGCAGCCAGUUGGAGAACCAGUUUGCCGCUCUGAGCCCUCAGCUGGUGGAGUUCAGUCAUGUUGCCAGAAAGACCUGGUUUGUUACGACCUUUUUCGCUGCCAUGACCUCUGUGACAUACAUAUUUCACAUAUUGUCCUGCUACAGAAAGCACCUCAAGAGGCUUUGGGCAGGACAGAAAGGCUUCCUUCCUGAGAGGUUCCACAGUCCUAGCUCUGCAAUCAGUGUUGCAGCCAUUACCCGGUAUUCCGGCUGGCAGAUCGCCUUCACUUUAUGGGGCUACAUCAUCGUCCACUUCGUGCAGUUCCUGUUUGCGCUGCUCUUCGUGUAUGGAGUGGUCCUGCCCAUUCAACACGGUCACGGCCUGAAAGUGCUCAUAAACUUCGGCAUCGUCCUAGGAGCCAUUGUAUUGAUUAUAGGCCUGGUGAUAAUUCAGAUUAUACUGGUGCAGAUCUUUUUCCUUCAAGACAAGAUUUCCCCCACAGACAGCCAGAAGCCCUUAGCAAUAAACAACAGAAAGGGCUUCCACAAUUUUAGCUACUUCUUCUUCUUCUACAACGUGAUUAUGGGCCUGAGUAACUGCGUGGCCCGUUUGCUGAUGAGCACCAUCGUGGGCACCUGGCUGGUGUCCCGCAUCGACCGCACCGUCAUGCCGAGGGGCUACGAGGCCUUAGACCCAGGAUAUAAUACUUGGAUUGGGAUGAUAUUUGCUGACCAUUACCAUAGCAACCCAGUCAUGAUCUGCUUUUGCCAUCUCCUAUUGGCUGAGAGGCUGGAAAAGCAGAAGAGAGCGCUGUCGCCGUACCCUCCAUUCAACAACUCUGUGUUCGAGUCGAGCAGCAGGGCCCGGAGGCGCUGGCUGCUGCUUUACACCCUCGUGAAAAACCCCAAACUGAUCCUGCACCGCAAACACCAGCUGUCCUCGUGUCAGGACACGGUCGCACGGGCCUGGAUGCUGGCCUCCCGAAUCCGUGCAUCAGAGGAGAAUCCCACGACUGCCAGCAGCACGCCGGACCGACGGUCAGUGGAGGAGCCCUGUCACUGUGAUGUGGAAGGGGCCAACGUGGACGAAGAGAUGACAUAGGCUCCGUAGAUGUGCUCACUUGAUGUCACUUCCUGUCGAUUCACUGACAAAAUAGAGGAAGUGGCUUCGACUUCCUCUACAGAACAUCAGCACAAAAAAUGAACCACCGUUAUUUUAUUUUUAAAGUCCUGCUUCUGGAUUAUGUUUUUCGACUUUUGGGAUAUGAAGACAUAAUUGGACGCGGCCUGGAGUAGAAAAGAAUGGUUGGUUUAUUGUUUACAAAUUUGAUUUGUCAUGAUUUGUCAUGGGUCUGGGAAUGCCCUCCAGUGGAGCAGCUGUGAAGAUCCGCAUACAAGCCUGUGCGGAGGCAACGCUGGACCAAAGCUCUGAAGGUUUAUCUGCGAUGAAGCCUACAUUUGCUUAGUAGCAGCUUUUUUUAAAUUCUUUUGCAUCAUCUGUAAGUCAAGAACUGCAAAAACAAGAACUUUUCAGCCCAGAAUUAGUGACUGGAAUUAACAGUAAGAAAGUCGAGCUUUGAAAAAGAAAAUCCAUGUCAUUCUGUCUUUCCUGCUCCAAGACAAAAACCAUUUCUGUCUCAAUUGGAUUUUUCCUGCAUACUUUCAACAUUUCAUAUAUUAUAUUUUGUUUAAAAAAUUCUUCCAAAGAGACAGACAAGGGUGUUUCAUUCGACAGAUAUAGUAUGACGCAAAUAGACGUAAUUCUACAUUCUUAUGAGUGUGUAAAAUAAAAUCCUGCAUUGUCACAUUAUUUCAGGCAGCCACUUCAAUGGUAAAUAGGUAAGUGGUUAUUAAAAAUGGAUGGAUACAAAACAGCAUCAUAUAAAUUCCUCAUCAAUAUGCUUCUAGCUAAGAAGCUUUGUGCAUCUAGCGGUCUUCUGCUUUGAGGUUUUGCUGUAUGAGUAUAUGCUGUACUACGUAUAUGAAUACGUGCGAUACGGUACUGACACACUGAAAUCCUGUUAAUUGAUUGUUAUUGUCUGGCAUCUCUUGAAAAAUUAGAUAAUAGUUGCAGAUCAGUAUUACAUUCACCACAUCACAAUCAUGUUGUCUGUAUAUAUGACAAAACAUGACACAUCCCAUGACGCACCGGCAGGCUUCUUCCAAACCAUACCAACUGUAUAAUUCUCAGAUCUCAGGCUAUCGGAAAAAUCCAAGGCUAUUUUAUGUCAAUUAAAAAGGUUCUACCCAUCAAAA